GCCAUACCAGUAAAGAUGGCGCUUUUGGGAGUUGUGUUUUUGGUGGCUCUUGCUGGGAUCUCGGUGUCGGCCGAACCCGUGCCCGUAUUUCCUGAACUUGCGAGAGGAUUCGCGGGUUCCCGCAUAGUGUCAGGAUGGGAAGCGGAGGAAGGCCAGCUUCCAUACCAGCUGUCCAUGCGUAUGGUGAACAGCGAGGGCACCGUCAACGCGUGCGGUGGCUCCAUCAUCCAUCCUGAAUGGGGUCUGACAGCCGCUCAUUGCACUGCUGCCCGCGUGACAAUGGUGCUCCGAGCUGGCACCGUGAAUCUGACAAGGCCUGGUCUCAUCUUCGAGACUACCACCUACUUCAACCACCCUUUGUACGAUGCCACCAGACCUGGUGUCGUUCAGCCAAAUGAUAUCGCUCUGCUUAAGUUUAACAGGGUAUUGACCUUCAAUGAUAACAUCCAGCCGAUUCGCCAGCAAUCCUCGAAGGACAAGAACCGCGACUACUCAGGAGUCAGGAUGGUGGCCAGUGGGUGGGGACGUACCUGGACCAACCAGGCUUCCCCUGAGAACCUCAACUGGGUGUUCCUGUCCGGGGUAUCGAACUUGGCGUGCUUCUUAGUCUACGGAGGGUCUUCCAUCAUCCAGGACUCAACCAUCUGCGCUGCCUACUACAACGUCACCAGCCAGUCCACUUGCCAGGGUGACAGCGGUGGCCCCCUAGUCAUCACUGACGACGACGCAUCACUCACCCAGGUCGGAGUCACCUCCUUUGUCUCCGGAGCUGGUUGCCACACUGAGCACCCUGCAGGUUUCAUCCGCCCUGGUCACUAUCACGACUGGUAUUUGGAGGUAACUGGUAUCGACUUCGAUUGGGAACCUCAGGGGUCCGAGGAAUCUAGCAGUUCUGAAGAGUCAUCAAGUUCUGAAUCUGAAAGUGCGGAAUCCGAAGAAGUAGCUACCACUGAGGCUCCGGAGGAAGAAACUGUGGGCACAACCAGUCCUGAUUCUGUUGAGGAGACUGAAGGUCCCACUGAAGCCCCUGAGAUAGAGACUGAUGGUACUACAGAGGCUCCUGAGGAAGAGACUGUGAGCACAGCCAGUCCUGAUUCUGUUGAGGAGACUGAAGGUCCCACUGAAGCCCCUGAGACAGAGACUGAAGGUACUACAGAGGCGUCUGAGGAAGAGGUUGAAGGUACCACUAAGGCUCCUGAGGAAGAGGUUGAAGGUACCACUGAGGCUCCUGAGGAAGAGCCUGAGAGUGAAGCGGAGGUAGAGGAAGCAGGAAAUAAUUUCAUGAGCCGUUACUUUCACCGCUUCUGGUGAAAGGCAAGAAGAAAGAAACAUUUAUAUUGAAAGGAACUACCUUCUAAAUAUAAUAGAAGAAUACUUCAAUUUAAGAAUCAAAUCAAAUACAUAUUGACACAUUGUUUAAAGGCUUUUUACUGCGAAUCAGCACUUUUUUAAUCACAAUAAUAAAGACAAAGAUUAUACUAA